AGUGAAAAAUAUGAGCCGCAUCAUAAUGAAAAAUCUCAAUUUUAUAUAGAGAUGAGUUAGAACUCUAUCUGUUUUACCACUAAGAACAAGAAAUAAAGUAGUACCUAAUGAAGGAAUAUUUGAUAUAUUUUGCUCAGGCAUAUCCAAACUUUAGACGAGCUGAGCUUGAGUCAUUAGCGGAUUUGUACAACAUACCGUUGGAUUUACAACAUCACGAUGAGACAUCUCCAUUUCUUAUAGUCAAGUUAGAAAACGAUGAACAAGCUCGUAACAUUAUGCAAAGAUCGGUUUUAAGUAAGGGAAUUUAUGAAUUAUGGGGCCACGGAAAGAGUGUAGAAGAAUUACAUGCUGAUAUAAAAGCUAGAAGUACAGACAAAUUUGAAAUAUUUAAAGAAAGAUCAUUCCGAUUUAAUUUCAUAGGUUAUAAAGGUAGUAGAAGUAAUAGACAAAGAGUAAAAUUAAUAGAAUCCUUUUCAUAUAUGGCAUUCACAGGUCGAGUUAGUAUGGAUAAUCCUCAAGAAAUUUAUACUGUGUUAGAAGAAUACGAAGUCACAGGUAUGGCAAAGGCAACUACUCCAAUUAACUUAUGGUUAGGAAGACAAAUCCAAUUAAGUGCAAGAUCAGAAAACAUAUUGGAUAAAUAUGACUUAAGAACAAGAAAGUAUAUUGGGACUACUUCAUUUGAUGCAGAAUUAUCAUUAGUAUCUUGUAACAUAGCACAAGUUGCACCUGGAAAGAUUACUUAUGAUCCAUUUACUGGUACAGGAUCCUUUUUGGUCGCGGCUGCCAAUUAUGGUGGAUUACCAAUAGGUUCUGACAUUGACGUAAGAAUGCUUAAAGGUAAGGGGGAUGAUUGCAAUAUACAGUCCAACUUCAAACAAUACAAUACUUCAUUAUAUUUCCUAGACACUAUGACAAUGGAUUUUACCAAUAAUGCUUUGAGAACAGAUUUUGUCAUAGACACUAUCGUUUGUGAUCCACCUUAUGGAGUGAGAGAAGGCUUAAGGGUAUGUGGGGCUAAGAAUCCUGAAAAGGCAGCUGGAAGAGAGAAUGUAGUUAUUGAUGGAGAAAAGGCUCAUCUUAGAAGAGACUUUAUCCCUCCUAAAAAGCCCUACGAGUUAUCAAAUUUGCUUGAUGAUCUCUUAACUUUUGCUGCCAACAGAUUACCUGUCCAUGGUAGACUAGCAUUCUGGAUGCCCACCGCCAAUGAUGACUUUGAAAUAAAUCAAAUUCCUCAACAUGAAAAUUUGGAAUUACUUUACAACUUAGAACAAGAAUUUAAUAAAUGGUCUAGAAGGUUGCUUGUAUAUGUCAAGCGUGAUGACAAAUAUAAAGGGGAAACUACUAAUGGUUUGAAGAGUCAAAAUAUUAAGAAUUUUAGAGAUAGAUAUUUCAACGGUUUCAAUGAAAAGAGCAGAUGAAUACGGCCCAAAUUGUCCCGGUCUUGUAUAUAUAAUUUAGGCAUACUUUAGUUUAUAGUCCCAAUUCAAUAAAUGCUCUUAAUUGCUGUGGGGUUAUAAAAUUAUUCGCAUAUGGGUCUUAAAGUUGAGUUGUAUUUCUAAUUCAUUGAUACGCCCUAGAAUAUUAUGCACUUACAGUUCUAGUCGCUGCGAUAAUUUUGCAGCCGAGCAACACAAGAUAUGCGCAUAGUGGGAAUUUUUCUCCUGGAUCCAAUACUAAGAUCAAUAUAUUUUAAUACUACCUACAGCUUACAGUCUCCUAUAAUUG